GGCACAUCACUAACUACUGUUUUAACUUUUAUGUUUGUUUCGACUUUCGAAUGAUAAUUGUUUUAAAAAGUUUAAGUACACAAACAACUUGAAUAUAUAUAGUAUCAUUAUAAACUUGAUCGCUCUAAUGAUGAAAGGCGUACAUUUAUUGAUUGGUUUACUACUUGCCUUGUGUCUUCAUGAAUGUACAGCAAUAUGGUGCUAUCAAUGUAAUUCUGCAAUACCUGGCUGCAUGGAGCCUUUCAAUUGGAAAGGAAUUGGUUACCUUGGCAACCCAUGUCCCGAUAGUGAAGAUAUUUGUGUAAAACUUAUAGAAAGGAAAGGAGCUCAAAAAACAAUAACACGAGACUGUUUAAGCAACUUCAGAGCAUUCCGAACAGACAUCCCUGCUGAUACAUAUGAAGGCUGUCGAGCAGCUGCAAAGGAUGUUAACCUAGCAAACUAUGUUAAUAACACUAUAAAAGAGCUGGAUAUUAAGAGAGAAUGGUAUGAUGAAACAACUUGGUGCUUUUGUUUCCUGGACCAUAGAUGCAAUAGUGCUACUAUGUUGAAUUCAAGCAUUUCAACAAUAUUUAUUUAUUUUCUAUACAAAGCAUUGUUCUGACCUAGCCAUGCAGAUCAGCCUAUAGACUAGACAAUAUUGUGCAGUGAUGCACAACUGUGAUCAUUGUUCACACAGUGAAUCUGACUGAAUUUCAAAUGUAACAAUGCAUAGGUUCUUAAAUCAACAAGUAUUUUUAUUCUACAUAUUUUUGUACAGAAUGCAUUUUUAAUUCUAGUUGAUUUUAAAUGUCCAUUUAUUAGACAACUUACAUUCCAAAAUAAGAAUACAAUUAUUGUAUCCAAGCAAAAUGGAUUUAUUUUAUACACACAUUUUUGUGUAUAUUUUUAAAAAUAAUUAAAAUGCCUUUUGGAAAGGGAUAUAAAUGUGUUGUGUUAACAUAAUCAUCUUAUUCUAAUGUAUGACACCUCCAAUGACUUUCCAUUUUAUUUGUGAAGACCAAACUAAGCAGACAAACUGACCAUAACUUAUUUGGUUCUUCUCUACUACGCUUUCUGUAACCUGAACACCACUCUUACUUUUCUGGUCCAUUUCUAAGGAGAAAUGAAUGCUUGGCAAGUUGACGGUAAGGUUCCUGAAUAAUAAUCAGCCCAGUCCAUUUCUACUGAAGACUGUUUAAUAUUAAUAUGUUAUAAAUUACAUUUAAUUUGGAGGUAUAAUAUACAUUUAAUAAACAAUUUAAUGUAAGCUAUUGUAGUUAUAUACAAUUGAAUCCGUCCAAUCAGUGUCCUUUUUGUACAAACAUUAUUGAUAUAGAAAAUAAAUAUUGAUUUUAAAUAUUA